AUGCUGGCAACAAAAGCGUGUGGAUUGGGUUUGCUUCUUAUCUCACAUUGCGUUUAUGGUAGGUUGAACAUGUUGGAUGAUGGUACCUCUGGCAGCAACAGGAUACGGAUCUCAAAGCAAGAAUGCUGUAUGGCUGGCUCAAUGAAGCAGCACAUACUGGAUCGGAUGGAUACAAGUUUAUUUGCGAGCAUCGAUGGAAUGGUAUUGGGAAUACCUCAAGUGGCAGAUCCUCUUUCGGCGAUGCUAUUAUCAAGCCUGCACGUCAAGGACGUCAUUGUACUACACUUUCCUGUGGAGCUCUACAUGUUGUGCCCGGGGACAGUGCGACUCAUGUUGCGGCCUUAG